AUUUUGAUCUGGUGACUGGUGUGAAAGUAGCGGGAGCUAAUUUGUUACAUAUAUAGCUAAUUAAGACCAUUCUAUUAAAAAUGAGCUCCGAUGAAGAUUGUAUUAUAAUAUCUAGUCGCAGUUCUGCAACCACUUCUGACCAAAACAAAAUUAUUUCCAGUAGUUUACAAAAAUUCACUUGUCCUAUGUGCUCUCAAACUAGUGAAGAACUCAGUGAAAUUGAAGCUCAUAUCGAGAAUGAACACCUGGGGCAUGAAGGACAAAGCUCGGGAGAUCAAAUAAACUCCUUUCGGAUGGAUCAUGCUUGUCCACUGUGCAGUGAAAUAUUUAAAGAUUCUUCUCUACUUGAAUCUCACUUUCAUGUAGAACAUGACAUGUUUAUUAAUGAUGCUGCAGCUGCUAGAUUCUCUUGUCCCGUCUGUUUAUCAAAUGAGUUCUCCUCUGAAGAAGUACUUGCACAGCAUGUCAAUCAGCACUUUUCAAAUGAAUGUGUUCCACCACUUGACGACGAUGGACAGCUUGCACGAAAAUUAGAGGAGCAAGAACGAGAAUUGAUGCAAAAGAAGGAACGCGAGGAUUUCAAGCGACUUCAAUCUCUUCACGGCUUUGAUCAAGGGAGAAAUAUGAAUCGACAAAGUGAUGCAACUCUGUUACAAUCUGUUAAAAGAGGAAAUAUGUCCGCGGUUGAUUAUCACGAGAAGCGCAUUAUGCUUAAAAUGUCUGAGAAGAUUGGUGUUGACGAUGGUUCAUCAGCUACUCGAGAUAUAACAUCUCACAUAAGAAGAUUUGCUACAACGCAGAACAUUCACAUGUGUAGCGAUAUUGACCACUAUGCAGCUUCAUUUGGAGAUUCUGGCUGGGGCUGUGGAUAUCGGAACCUUCAAAUGCUACUCAGUGCCCUUCUUCGCCAUCCGCAAUGCGCCGAACGAUUGACAACGUUAUGUCCUUCGACGUCAUCGACUUUAGGCAAUUCAAUUCAAGUCCCAUCCAUCACUCGACUUCAAUCUGCGAUAGAAGAAGCCUGGAAGUUGGGAUUUGACCAACAAGGGUGUCAACAACUCGGUGGCAAGCUCUAUGGUACAUGUAAAUGGAUUGGCGCAACAGAAAUUGCAACACUUUUGGCUUCUUGUCAUAUUCGUUACCGUUUAAUAGAUUUUCAUCGACCUACUUCUGAUGACGGUAAACAACAUCCGGCCUUAUUCGAUUGGGUGAAACAGUACUUUCAAGAACCGUCAGAAUUUAAACCACCGCUUUACUUCCAACACCAAGGACACAGCCGCACGAUUAUUGGCAUUGACGAAGGGAAACAGGGAAAACUGCGUUUACUUAUUCUUGAUCCAAGUCAUAAAAGCGAUCAAAUGCGUCAGUUGACAAACACUUCUGAUUCGACUAAAUCUAACGCUACUGCAAAGAAAAUAUGGGUUCCUAUGACCUCUCUAAAAUCCAGGCAAUAUCAAAUUGUUUGUGUGAACGGUGGCUUCGUUGACAGCGAUCGAGAGUUCAUACAAAGUAAAUUGAUCCGUUCCACUCGUAUUCCUUAAUGUUUUGAGAAAAUUGAUUUAGAAAAUUAAGGUACGCAAUUUAUUGUUACAUCUAUGUGCCUACAAAAUUCUUCCUCUAUGCACUUGUACCGUACCGCAUUCAUAUAAAAUAUUUUGUCCAAAAUUGAGUUUCAUCGUCUUGUCACAUUUUGCAACGAAGUUUUGUUAAUAUUAAAUUAUUACAUGGAGUAGUAAAUA